AUGCGCGGGGCGCGGCCCGCGCCUUUGAAUCUAGAAGGCGGCUUUCAGACUCCAGAGCCUGGGGGCUGAGGAGUGUUUCGGGUUGUGAGAGUGAGUGAUCCUUGGCAAGCACUGGAACGGUUCACUCCAUGGGGUCAGAAGCUGCUUCCCUGCUUUCUUUCUUAGGACUCUAGGAAACAACUCCAAGUUGGACAGUUCCAUUGGAUUGGACAUAUUUGUUACUCUACUGUUUUGGCAUCUGUUCUAGAACAUAUGCAAUAAUGUCACCUCAAAAGAGAGUCAAGAAUUCCCAGGCACAAAAUAGAACUUCACAAGUUAGUAAUAGAUGUCAGACCAAACUCUCAGCUUGGAAAGCAAAACCAAGCAACUCAAAGAGCAUCUUGAAACAAAACAACACAGUGGAAGAUUGUGAACAUGGUGAUGAUCAAGCUGAAGAUGCUCUGCAAAUAACACUGGAAUACUUUGAAAAAGGUCCUAUUAAAACUUCACGAAGUAAAAAUAAAAUCUUGGAAAAACACUUGAAAACUGUGGAGAAUAUGGCUUGGAAGAAUGGGUUAGUUCCAGACGCAAUUGACAUUCUAUUAAAUGCAGCACUCAGUGGCAAAUUUGGGAAUGCUGUAAAUACUCGGAUACUGAAGUGCCUGAUUCCAGCAACUCUAAUAUCAGAACAUUCUGUGGUUAAGGCAGUCUCCUGGCUCUGUGUUGGCAAGUGUUCUGGUAGCACCAAGGUACUUUUUUAUCGAUGGCUGGUUGCAAUGUUUGACUUCAUUGAUAAUAAGGAGCAAAUUAACUUGCUUUAUGGCUUCUUUUUCGCUUCAUUGCAAGAUGAUGCACUGUGCCCUUAUGUCUGCCAUUUGUUAUAUUUACUUACCAAAAAAGAAAAUGUCAAACCAUUUCGUGUGAGAAAGCUGCUUGAUCUUCAAGCUAAAAUCGGAAUGCAACCUCAUCUCCAAGCUUUGUUGUCACUAUAUAAGUUCUUUGUUCCUACUUUGAUUUCUGUAUCUCUGCCUGUAAGGAAGAAGAUCUAUUUUAAGAAUUCAGAGAAUAUGUGGAAUUCAGCUCUACUUGCUAUGAGGCUAAGAAAUCAGCAACCUUUUCCAGAACCUCUAAAACUGGUGUUGGGUUCAGCUAGUGUCCGUCCUCUAAAAAGAAAAUUGAAUUCUCACUCAGUUAUACCUGUGCUAAAUUCUGGUAGCUAUACUAAAGAAUGUGGAAAAAAAGAGAUGAGUCUUUCUGAUUGUCUCAGUCACAAUAGAUCCUUUCCACUAGAACAGCUUCAAAACUUCCCUCAACUCUUACAAAACAUUCAUUGCUUAGAGCUGCCUUCUCAGAUAGGCUCAGUGCUGAACAACUCUCUGCUACUUCACUAUAUUAACUGUGUCAGAGAUGAGUCGAUUUUAUUGAGGCUCUAUCACUGGUUGAGUCAAACAUUACAAGAAGAAUGUAUUUGGUAUAAGGUGAAUAAUUAUGAACACGGAAAAGACUUUACCAACUUCCUGGACACUAUCAUCAGGGCACAGUGCUUCCUACAGGAGGGGUUUUAUUCCUGUGAAGCAUUCCUCUAUAAGAGCCUUCCUCUCUGGGAUGGCCUCUGUUGUCGGUCACAGUUCCUUCAGCUUGUGAGCUGGAUUCCUUUUAGUAGUUUUUCAGAGGUGAAGCCACUUCUUUUUGACCAUCUAGCACAGCUCUUCUUUACAUCAACCAUUUAUUUCAAGUGUAGUGUUCUUCAGAGUCUGAAAGAGCUACUGCAGAACUGGCUGUUGUGGCUUUCUGUGGACAUUCGCAUGAAACCUCUGACGAGCAGUCUUCUAGAGACAACUUUGGGUGGAUCCAUGGACUCUGUGUCUAAACUGAUUGACUAUGUAGGAUGGCUGUCCACUACUGCAAUGCGAUUGGAGAGUAACAGUACUUUCUUGUUGCACUUCAUUUUGGAUUUCUAUGAGAAGGUAUGUGACAUAUAUGUAAAUUAUAACCUUCCAUUAGUGGUAUUAUUUCCUCCUGGGAUCUUCCACUCUGCACUCCUCAGCCUGGAUACCAGUAUAUUGAACCAGCUCUGUUAUAUUAUGCACAGGUAUCAUAAAAAUUUGAGUGCAGCAAAGAAAAAUGAGUUGGUACAAAAGGCAAAAUCAGAGUUCAAUUUCAGCAGCAAGACCUAUCAACAAUUUAAUCAGUAUUUGACAACCAUGGUUGGUUGUCUGUGGACAUCCAAACCCUUCGAGAAAGGAACACAUAUUGACCUCCAAAUCCUAGAAAGUGCUGGAAUAAUGGAAUAUAAAAACAGUUUAAAUUUAGUCUGUCACCCUUCUCUAUUAAGCUAUGCUGCCUCCUUUUUGCUGCAGGAAAACCUGGAAGAAAGGACAAUAAACAUGGGCUCUAUUCGGGGGAAGAAAUGGAACUGGUAUUUGGAAUAUUUAUUUUCAGAGGGGUUACAAGGCUUGAAACUUUUCAUAGGAAGUAAUAUUCAUCAUUCUUCUGUCCCAUGAUCAGAGCUGUCCCCUGAUAACCACCAUGGUAAAUAUUAAAUGAAUGUUUACAUACACACUGAACUUGCUGGACUAAAUUCCUUCCUCAAUGCUAGAGAGGACAAGUAGCUCAACUUGUGUUUCCCUAUCCAUUUCAUUAAUGGACUGCCAUUUUCAAGGAGUACUCAGAGUGGCCUUCUGUCCAUGGCUCAGGAGGGCCUUGGUGUGGCUAACAUAUUUUGUGAUUUAGAUUGUUAGCUUACUGGUAAAAAAUGACUUCUCCAUCAUGCUCUGUCUUCCAUCAAAUUAUACGUGAAGAGAGACAUUUGCUUUGUGGUGGGAUUUUUCACAUUUUUGUAUACUAUGAGCUGCAUUGAUAGAAGAGAGCAGAUCAUACAUAGUGGUAGAUAAUCCAUAGACAUACUCAUGCAGUAUACCCUGCUUCCUCUGUGAAACCUCUGUGGAUAUUGCCAUUUUUUUCUUAUGUGAACAAAAGCAGCAGCACCAAAUUAAUAGGAUUCAAUACCUAUGACUCUAAAAGCCCUGAGUAGCUGAAGGCCUCAUAGGCCUUCACUGGUAGGAAUCUGUUGAGGGAAGGAAGGGGAAAGGAUGGGGAGGGGGGAUAAUCAAGACAUUUCUGUUUAUGCUGAUAUGGUUUCAUGAAACUAUUUUAUUUGUGUGUAUAUGUGUAUGUAUAUAUCUACUUUUAAAAUAUUCAGGCCAUAAUAAAUUAACUGCAGCUUUACUUUCAGAAGUAAUUCUGAAGCUUUUUAUGAUUUCAUAUCAGCUUAACUGUCUUGUUAAAAAUGUACACAUUUGCUUCAGUGCUACUAAAUAACUCUCCUACUCUUAAUAAAAUUCAUAUCAUUUGAGAGGAAUGAAGCUGAAUUUACCUUUGUUUUUAAGGGCACAUUUUUAUCGUUCAUUUUUUUUGUAUUCAUUAAAAUGAAAAUUAUACUAUUGGAUUGUAGAAAUCCCAUUCAUUCAUUCAUAAAUUGAAUUAUGUAUUGAGCAAGGCACAGUGGCACAUGCCUGUAAUCUCAGCAGCUUGAGAGGCUGAGGCAGGAGAAUUGCGAGUUCAAAGACAGCCUCAGCAAAAGUGAGGCAGUAAGCAACUCAGUGAGACCCUGUCUCUAAAUAAAAUACAAAAAGGACUGGGGAGGUGGCUCAGUGGUCUAGUGCCCCUGAGUUCAAUCCCCAGUAUCCCUGAAAAAUAGGUAUUGAGUUCCUUACUAUGUGCCAAGUAUUCUUUGGUAUGCUGGUUAUACAGCUGUAUCCCAUACAAAGUACCUGCUUCUAUGGGGUUUACAUUCUAAUGAAGAAGACAAACAAUAGCAAUAUAAGCAAUGUAUAAUAUCAGGUGCUAAGAAGAAAAGGCAGGGAAUAGGGACAAAAUGUGAAGGUGGUUGCUACUAUAUAUAAGGUAGUUAGGAAAGAUCUGUCUGAAGAGGUGAUAUAGGUAAAGAGCCUCAUAAGCAUAUGAGCCAUGUGACUGAGAAAGACCAUUCUUCACAGAGGUAAACGCAAGUGAAAAGGCCCUAAUAUGUUAACUUACAUAUUUAAGGACAAGCAGAGGCUGGUGAUGUUAUAGCGUAAUGAUUAAGAGAAAAGAGUGAUAAGACCUUUAUGAAAGGUCCAUUUAGCCUGGUAUGGAUAUGUAAAUGGAGGCCAUUAGUGAGAUAGAGAAGAGGAGUGGCAUAAUUUGGCUUACCUGUAUGAAAUAUGAAGCUACAGUGUGAAGGUUAGACUGAAGAGGAUUGAGGUGGAAAGCAGAGAGACCAGUUAGGUUAUUACAGUAUUCCAGGCAAGAGUCUUGAGGUAGUCUUACAGAUGGUGGAGAAGUGGUUAGAUGUUGGAUUCAGUCUCUAUUUUGAAGGUAAAGGAAGUUAGGAUUUACUGAUGGGGCUUGGAUAUUAGGAAGAAGAAAGAGAAGAGUAAAGGAUGACUCCUAGAACUUUUUUCAACCUAAACGACUGGGUGAAUUCUAAGAUAGAGAUCAGGCAUACUGGAGAAGAACAGGUUUGGAGAAGCAUGGAAUUGAGCUCUAUUUUGUCCAUGUUGGUUUGUAGAUGACGAAUAGACAAUUGGAUUUCAGAGUAUAAUUUAGGGCUUGAAAAUUAAUCUGGCAGUCAUUAGGGAAUAACCAUGGCAUUAGAUGAAAUCACUUAAUUCAGCUGAAAAAGAGAAAAUGGCAAAGGACCUAACCCUGGAGUAUUCUAACAUUAAGAAGUAAAAAAUAGGAAUAAUAACAAAUAAAAGACUGCAAUGAACUAGAAGAAAAAUCAGGAGAUUGGUAUGCUGGAAGCCAGGUAACAAAAGUGUUUCAAAAAGGUGGGAAUGUUUCUAUAUGUUCUCAUGUACAUGUAGAGGCUCAAAAAGUUGAUCUCAUAAGAGAGAGUAGAAUAGUGAUUAGCAGAGGCUGGGAAGAGUUGGGGAGUGAAGUUUGGAGAGAGGAUGGUUUACAGGUGUAGGGGUGCAGAAGGGAGCGGGAACUAAUGUUUUAUAUAGCACUGUAGGAUAACUGUGUUUGACAACAAUGAAUUGCAUAUUACAAAAUGGCUCCUAAAGAGAAUUCUGAAUGUUCCCUAAUACAAAGAAAUGAUAUAUGUUUGAGAUGUAAUAUAUAUGCCAGUUACCCUGAUCAUUAUACUUAUUUGUAUAUAUUUAUUGAAAUAUCACACUGUACCCCAUAAAUAUGUAUGA